UGCCUGAGCCCGGAGGCGGCACCAUGAUGCCGGGCGAGACCCACCCGGCGGCGCCCGGGCCGGCGGCGGGGCUCUCGCGGUGUCAGGGCUGCGCCUCCCUGCAGCAGAACUUGAAUGAGUAUGUUGAUGCAUUAAUUACCUUGAAACAGAAAAUCAUCAAUACAGAUAAUCUGUUAACGGAAUAUCAGAAGAAAUGUGAUGAGCUGCAGUUUGCACGAAGAGAAAACAGUACUCUGCAUCACCAGGUGGAACAGAUGCUUCAGAAAAUCUCUCCUCUGCAGAAGUGUCAGGAAGAACUGGGCUCCUUAAAGGCAGAGCUGGAGGAGAAGAAGAGUUCUCUCAAGCUGUACCAGGACACCCAGCAGGAGUACACGCGUGUGAAGGAGGAGUGCCUCAGGACUGACGCUCAGAAGAAGAAACUGGAAGCGAAGGUGAAGAAGCUCGAAGAGGCUGCUGUCAGGCAGACUGAGGACUUCAAGCAACUGAGAAAUGAAAAGAAAAUACUCGAAAAGGAAUUUAAGAAGACACAGGAAAGGCUUGAUGAAUUUUCUAAACAGAAGAAUGAAAAGGAAUUGAGACAUAUUGGAACACAGAUCUCCAGUGAUUCGUACGGCAGCAUAGAUAGAAGAAAAGUGAAGCUGCUGCUGAAGGAACUCUGGCUCUGCAUCAACGCAGCACACAGACUCCCAGGGGAGGGCAGCAGGUGUGUCCUAGAACAGCCUGCCAAAGACAGUACCAGAUGUGUGUCAUCCGGGGAGGACGGAGCUCUGCCCCCCGCACAGAGAAGUCCUCUCCGGACCCCAGACCCGCAGCCGUGCCUCACAGACGUGUCCAUGGAGCUGGAGGGUGACUGCGAUUCUCAUGAAAGCGUGGAGCCCGAGAGGAGCAGCAGAGCCAGCCACAGUCCUGAUCGUGUGUUGAGCAAUGACCGAGUUGCUGAGCUUCCCGUGCAGAGUGCUCUCCACAGUGGCAGGCCUGCCUUCGCUGACCAGCAGCAUAGCUUUGAUAAAGAUCUUCAAGCUGCAAUUGACUUCUUUAAACUCCCACCCCCACUCCUGUCCCCAGUGCCCUCGCCCCCUCGGAUGUCAUCCCCACACCCGGGCUCCUUGCCUUCACCGCCUGUCCCGGAAACCUACGUGGAAGAGUAUACCGACUCCAGCGACGACGACCCAGCCCAGCCUAGAACUAGUGGCGAGUCUGUCUUGGAUGACUCGGCUGAAUCACAGGAUUGCUUUGGCUUACGCAGGAGAAGCAUGGGAAGUGGCACGUGGGACGAGAAGCCCGAAGCACAGGAGUGUGUGCAAGCCCCGAACGCAGGGCAAGUUUACCAAGUGAGAGCUGCUGGACUUGAGACUUCAGCAGCAGCACCGAGAGAACCUUCAGGCUCGGAAAGCAAGGCUGAGUCCUCCAAGGUCAUGGGCGGGAGAGGAAGGGCUGCUUCCAGAGAGGCAGGAGCACGGAUGGAGGUCAGGGAACUGGACAAGUCUGUACAGACGGAGGAGCCUGUUCCCAGGGCUGUGUGGCUGGCAGAGCUCUGUGGCAGGCUAGAGCGAGACAAGGAAGUUGACCCUGGGCAGGCAGCCUCGUGUUACUCUGCCCUUGGCAAGAGGUCACUGAAAGAGCUCACCACGGCGGAACCAGCAACCCGGUUCUCCAAAGUCAUGGAACCCCAGUCAGAAUCUGCUAAGUGGGCGGUAACUGAAGACGUAGCCUGUGUGUCAGACUCUGCGGCCAUCUCUCACCACACUCGGAGAGCAUCUGGAGAAGCGGCGAAGGCCGCAGGUGUGCAAGGCUCCGAAGCCGAUGCUGCAGGCUCCGGGGUGCGCGCCGCGGGGCCCCUCGAGACCCGGCGUCCCUCCUCUACCUCAGUAGUGCAGUCCGUUCGCAGGAAUCCCUGGUCUCGUCAGUCACGGUUUGUUGGUAACACUGAUGGUCCCACCACAGUGAUCCCUGCCAGACUGUGUCCGUCAGAGCAAACAUUGGAAACGACAGCUGUGAACACAUCACCUGCGCGGUCUGAGCCACCCAGGUGUCCUGCAGCGGGAAGUGACCCGGAAAGCAAGUUCCAUGCUCUGAGCUCUGCGUUGGGAAUAUCCAGUGUCGGUGGCCAGAGGGGCAGUAAGAGCGAGGGCACGGACAUUAUAAAAGGCUUUCCUCACUCGGUGUUUAUGAAAGCAACAAAAGAUGGACAGUGUGAAAGUGAAGGGCCAGGACUUGAACUCAGGCUGACAAAGUCAGAUUUCACCUCAGUAAUAAACUCCCGGGCUGACUCUGUGAGUAACGCCUCUGGCUUUGCUAAAAGCACUUCCUGGCACCACAGUGAUUUGUUAAGGAGAAGUGGUGAGGAAGUUCUGCCAGCUGAGUCAGAGCAUGCACGAAAGAUCGGCCUUCCGUUACAGCAGGGGAGGCCGUCCUUGCAAAGCAGAGGAUCCGCGUCCAGUCUUGAACUUGGUGGAGAAAAUGCUAAUCCUGUAGAAUUCAAACCUGCUGCAGCUCAGUUGCCUAAUCAGGUGUCCGUUAUCAUGAAGCAGACAAGGCCUGAAACGGUUCAGCGACUUGCUAGGAGUGAGCCUCCUGCAGGGGCGCGGCACGGCGACCCUGAAGGCAGCCGAGCGCCACCUGUGGCACAGCGCACUGGCGAGGCGGAGGACGCGGCGGCGCGGCUCAAGGCCGUGGCGGCUGCCAGCAGCUCUUCUCCGGAAGUUUCUACCUCUUGGAAGAAACUGGAUUUCGACUCCCCGAGUGGUUCUUCCCUAGUAGAAAGUGUUGACGGUUCCACAACUAGUCGGGCAGCUUUCUCCUCCCGGCACAUCCCUCCCCAAAAGCGAGAUGUGGUGAGGGAAGCGGCAGCACGGGAAGAGGUGCGAAAGCAAAGGCGGUUUCCGCAGGCCCCGGAUCCUGACUCCAGUGGGUGGGAAGGCGGCGGGCUGCCUCCCGCCUCUGAGGCGGCCGAGUCUGGAGGCCUUCCUAGGGAGGAAAUGCCCUGUGGAGUCGCGGCCAGAGCUGGGAGUGAGGCUCUGGCUGUUGACAGCGGUUCUCCUGACACACCACCCAAUGCACGUGGACUCUUGGGGUUGAAGUCGAAAACCAGUGCUUUUCCUGAUUGGCUCCUCCCUGCAGGCACUGCUGCGCCUUCAGCAUUCUGUAGCAAGGGGGAGGAAACGCGAGACGCACCCCCGGGUAGCCUUCCUGGUCCUUUAUACGCUUACACGGGCAUUCGGGAGAGAGGAGGGGAGGCCGGGGAGGCGGAGGAGAGUGAAGCGUUGAGCUGCAGUGAGGGUGAACACGAGGCCGAAGGCGCGGUGGGGAGCAGCCAGCAGGAUGCCUCGGGGGCCUCCCCGGGAAGUGCGGGAGGGUCCGUGGCCGAGGCAGGAGCGUCGGUAGACGUGGGCCUUCUGGCCUCGGCGCUGGAGGACUGCACCAUAAGUACUCUCCCCGACAUAGACCGACUUUCUGCAUCUGAUGUGGUGUUGUUUCUUGAAAGUUGCCAAUUAAAGGACUGUAGUUCAGGGGACUCAGUCUCAGAAUGCUCGGGCAGAGAAACCUUAAAUAGAGAAAUGAGCCAAGAACUAAAGCAAGACGGAAUGUCAGCAGGAAGACCGAGCAGGCAGCCCUGUGAAGAAGCCCUCGGCGCCGCCGAAGAGUGGAUCGAGUCGGAAGAUGACGACAGCUCCCUCCGAAGUCCGAGCCCACCUGCCCAGUGUUCUCUGGAGACGCUGUCUGCAGUUCUCACCGAGAUGGGGCAGGAGCUGCAGGUCAGCUGUGAGAACUGCCCUGGUCCUGCUGGGAGGAGGACACCCCUACAGCACCACGGCAUGCCCUCUGAGAGCGAGGAGGGGCGAGUUCCAUCUCAGGAAAUAGCCAGCUCCUCCCACGCCCCAGGAGUGCCACUGGCCAGUGUGGAUGCCAGAGGCAGCUCGCCUGUCGCAGACGGACCACGGGGGCACAUCCGGGACAGGCCUGAGGGUCAUCCAGGUGCAGCCGGACAGGCAGGGGGCGGGGAGGAGGGCCUGGGCUCCGCGUCUGCACCAGAGCCCACAGCGGAGGGAGAGCCUGGUGACGCCCAAGCAGCCUUUCAGUGUCAGAUCUCGACGGUGACUUCUGAAGUCAUAAGUGUACUUAUAAAUAAGGACCAGAACCUGGUUAUCGAGAAGGGAGACAACUGGACCAUCGUCAGUGGGGUGUCUGUCGUGCCGGAUGUGGGCCAGCUCAUCGUGUGUGAGGCUCCUGAGGACGUCAGCGAGCUGGACGCCGAGUCCACUGCAGCCGUUUCUAUGGCGAAGUGCCCAGACGCCGAUGCCCCUGGGCCUCCGAGUCGGGAGCCUCUGGGGAGCAGUAGCGUUUCAUGUACCCAAGAAGAUGUUUCAAGCAGCGGUCAGAGCGCCAACUUUGAUAAAAGCCGCUUGCGGAAUAGACCUGUUAAGCCUAGCAUAUGGAUUAGUUCUCAAAUAUAUGAUCAGACUUUCGAGACCCAGGUUGCUGCAUCUGAUCACACGUAUUAUAACUCAAAGCUAGAGCCGUGUAGCAAAAAUAAGAAUCGAUCCAAGAUUGUGAACAAAGAACCAGCAGGCAAGCCGGCCAAGGCUUUAGCAUCAGGCAAAGCUGAAGUUCAUUCAGGUGAAGUUUCUCAGUCCUGCCCAGAGGGAAGAGGUGGCGCAAAAACUCAGAGAAGCCAAGCUCAGCCUGUCCUGGCCAACGCCGAUACCUCCACCCCCACGGACUGCUCUCCUGACACUCUGAGUAAAAUACGGCAGGAGGUGGGGCCGCCGCUGCCGCCUCUGCUCGCCCCCCUCGUGGCUACACCCCCUAGGACCUGGCAGCCUCUUUCUCCUCUGAUUUCAAGUUCCAGCCCCUCCUCACCCAUCUCCCCCGUCGGCCAGACUUCUCCGUCGUGUGAAGCCCCAGCGCCUGCCGUGCCAUCGCCGUGGCUGGAAGGCCCCAGGCACACCUCUCCUGCACUUCCCUCUGCUUCUCCAUCGGCUGCCUCGGCCGGCGAGAGGAUACCCUCAUCCCCUCUGCAGUUCUGUGCAGCCACACCCAAGCACGCGCUUCCUGUGCCUGGCCGACUGCCAGCCUGUGCGUCCGGUCACGCCACGGCAGGGGCCCCUCCUCAGGAGAAUUCCGUGAAGAUCCUGGAUAGCAUGUACCCCGAGCUGUCGGCCAGGGCCCGCACCCUCAGCCUCCUCAAAGGGAACAUUCGGCUGGCCCGGGGUGCGGACUCCGGGAGCUUGUCGGGGCCCGUCGGCGCGCUGAAGGCCUUCAAGGCCAUCACCUCGGCUUCGACUGCCUUUGUCAAAACCGGGAGUAGCUCUGCUGGCGACUCGAGCUGCAAGUCGCAGGGUUCGGGGACCCAGCAGGAAUCCGGUGGGAAAAGGGGAUUAUCGACGUGCCCGCUGAGGAGCGCCAAGAGACUGUGCCUGGGCAGGGGCUCCGCGGAGCCCGAGAGCCCGGAAGGCAGCGCCGGGGCCCACGAGAGCCUGGAGGGAAGCUGCUCUCAGGGUGAAGUGAGCACGGAGGCCAGCAGUUGUGUUCCAGCUGUCAGUGCGGAUUCACAGAGGCCUUUAAACCCCAAAGAGACCGUGGAGUCCCACGACAAAGCCAUAGCCGACGCACUGAGGAAAGUUGCCGAGUCGACUUUUGAUCUGUUACCUGUCAUCCGUAGCCACGUGUACGUAGGAAAUAUCUCCAAAAAGCCUGUGAUGAGAGAUCAGGAGAAAGAAGUUGUUCAUGAAUUCAGCACAACCAAAAAGCAUUUAGCAGAGUGCUUGCUUCACUCUAUCCUCGCAGAACUGAAAGUUGAGAAGACGCGCCUGGAGCACAGCUACGUGCACGCCCUGUGCAGGGUGUACGUGGGCGUCUGCCGGCAGCUCGGAGACUUGGAGCGCGCACGCUUGUUCUGCUACAGCCUGCUUAAGGAAGAUUUUCCAGAAUCUGAGAAGCUGACUCUGUUUAUUGCCAACAUGUGGCGUGAUGUGUUCGUCUCUCAGUCGGUGGUCUCUCACGCGAUGCAGUUGGUGGCUCGGCAGCGUGCCCGAGGAGAGGUGCUCAACUGCCUGAGAGCGUUCCUCGGCUGGGAGAAGAAUGCUUCUGUAGAUGUUGGCUUCAUGAUUUCCAAGCUGCUUUUGACUAUACAGUUAUGUCCAAAAACAGAAUUUCAGUCCAGUGGGACGUUUGGUGAGGACUUGAGUGACCAAGCCUGGGAGUACGUGUUUGCCAUCGAUCUGCUCUGCUGCCAUCAGAAGUGGAUUUGGACGCACGACAACAUCAUAAGUAAGGAACUGUGGCCUGUGAUGGACAAGUGGAUAAAGUACAGAAAGGGACACACGAACAUUACAUAUACUCCUGAUAUUAUUAUAGCAUCGAUACUGAGGCUGAUAGGGCGUUUGGGCCAGUUGGGCUUGAAGGAAGGAUUUCCAUCUGCUGUGAAGAAUAUUAGCUCGGUUAUCGGGAUGUUCAUACAGCACGCUCAGGAUGAAGAUAUUCCGUGGGGUGUUCAGUUAGCAGCUGUAUAUGCACUUUGCGACCUGAGUCCCAGCAAUCCAGCGGAAAUUGCCAAGAUCCUGGAAGCCUGGCGGAGGAAGACUUCUAGGAGCAUCCCGUGCGCCGUGACCAGCUACCUAGAGGAAGUCAGUUCCUUGAGUGCCGAGGGGCGCGGCUGACCGGGCGGUGGCUGUGGCGGCAGAAGUGCCUUUCCUUGCUGUGUAGAUGGAUCUCGGACUCGGCUUUCCCAGUGUAGACUGAGGCCCGGAACAGGAAGACCUAAGGCAGACAGAUGGCAGGAGGCGCUCCCGCUUGGUUGGCGGGGAGACAGGAGACCAGCGGUCUGCCCAGUUUCUCCAUAAGUGCGUUUCAUGUACGGCUGUUGUGAUUCUGUGGUGGAUGGAUUGUGUUGGGUCUUGAUCAAACAGAAACUUGAACUCAGCCCUUUUUGUGCUGCAGAAAGUGUCCUGUUCGUGGCUUUUUACGAUUGAGUGGUUAUUUUAUAAUGAACUUAAACGGUAUAAACUCGUGAUUCGUUUCUUGAGCUGUUCUUGGGCUUUGUGUGCGGAAGGGAACCGUUGAUUGGCUAGCAAAGAUCCGGAACAGCCUUCUGCUGUUUCGCUGGCAGUGGGCAGUGACGUGGCGCUGCUGUGGCGUGGCGCAUGACCUGGCAGGGCGGCACAUGUCCUUAGCAGAAGUGUCCCAUGCCACGUCUUGUCCCUGUCCCCAAAGUCCCCUGCAGAUAUCUAACUGUGGAAGAGCAGAGUGGAGGGCCGAGUCUGCGCCUGGGAGCGCGUGGGCCGCGCGGCACUCACAGCCCUGCCUGUACAUAAGGACGACAGCGCCAUGAUGGGACUCACAUUUGGUGAUGUUCCACUUUCGGAAUUUUAGUAUUUGUACAUAGAAAAUGGGUUUAAUAACUCGCCGUGAUUCUGAUUUGUCUUAUAUUCAUCAUUUCUUAAAACUCUUGUAUGUGUUUUUUAUAAUAAAAAGAAUAAAACUAA